UGCAGGACAGUGCGGGCGAGGUCAGGUCCGGUGUUUAAAGGAACUUGUAAAAACUUCUCCAGAUCUCAGGGUCACGGCUUCAUCAAACCGUCUCACGGAGGAGAAGACAUCUUCGUCCACAUCUCUGACAUUGAUGGAGAGUAUGUGCCUAUGGAGGGGGACGAGGUCACGUACAAAGUGUGUUCGAUCCCACCCAAGAACCAGAAGAUCCAGGCUGUGGAGGUGCGGCUCACACACCUGAACCCCGUCUCCAAGCACGAGACCUGGUCCGGAAAGAUCAUCAGCUCCUAGACCAGGACCCACUGGAGAGGAAACAGGGAUUUAUUUUUACGUUUUUUGGAAGAAGGAUCGACCUGAAGUGUCUUGGUUAUUGAACAAUGAUGGUUAGAGUUUGAGGUUAGGGUUGGGAAUGAAGCUUUGAAUGUUUACGUCUGAAUGUGCUCCUUUGAUGGUCAACAUUAGGGUCACGAUAAGGGUUUUAUAAUAAGGGAUCAGGCUUUGGGAAGUUUUACUUUGACCUAAGGAAUAUAUUUUAACUCGGAAAUCAGUGUUUUCUAGAGAAGUGAUGCCUUCAAAGAGGCUAAGGAGGCUGAAUCACAUUCAGAGCAUGUUUGACCCAGUUCAGCUAUAGUGGCGCUCCACUUUGCACACUGCAGGCAGGACCGUUUACAUCUCAAGGGACGAGCUACAGACUCAGAGCAGUGCAGGAAUGAGUCCUUAAGCACCAAAAUGAGUUAGCAUCUUAGCACUUCUGGUUCCUUCACCUCAAGUCAAUGGUUUUUUGAAGAUAUUUGUGGUUAGAAACCUAAAAUAAGGUCUGUGGUUAACACAAGCUUUAGAGAUUUAGUAUUUAGUCAGUAAAUACCCCACUGGUGAAUUUCUGAAGCUUCUACUUGUCUUUCAAACAGCGGUUGCUAACAAGUGUCUAAAUGAGGCUAAUAAAAGUAAUCUCUCCUAACAUUAGCCGCCUUUAAGGCCCGGACACACCAAGCCGAUUUCAACAUGUCCAAUCGGUGGGCAGUAGGCCAAAGGCUGUCGGCAAAAGAAAUCACUCUGAUUGGCUGUUCAGCUAGCGAAUCAGCGCAUGAGAAGCGAAACGGAAG